AUGGCGUCCUUCCGCGGUGCCAUCGUCGUACUGCUGUGGCUGCCCAUCGCCUCGUCCUUGCAGACCGCCCUCGAGGCGGAUCCCGGGCCGCGCCAGGUCCUCGUCAGCCGCGCCGCGGAGGCGCGCGCCGCGUCCAAGGUGGCCACGGAGCGGGCGGCAGAGUCAGAGUCUCACAUUGGCGUCGCGGGCCAGGGCGUCGAGGACCCGAACUGCCCGCAAUGGUGCUUCAUCAGCCACCAGUACUGGCACGUCAAGUGCACGUACUCGCACUGCGCGAACUGCGCGAUGUGCGGCCCGUACGACCACGACCGCAAGGAGGCUGCCCUGGAGACCGAGCAGCAGCAGCUCCUCGGCGGGCGCUCCGCCGCAUCCUCCCGUCUAAUGUGGCUGUCGCGGACCAGGGCUCGGAGGACCCGAAUUGCCCACAGUGGUGCUUCAUCAGCCACCAGUAUUGGCACGUCAAGUGCACGUACUCGCACUGCGCGAACUGCGCGAUGUGCGGCCCGUACGACCACGACCGCAAGGAGACUGCCCUGGAGACCGAGCAGCAGCAGCUCCUCGGCGGGCGCUCCUGGUGCUUCAUCAGCCACCAGUAUUGGCACGUCAAGUGCACGUACUCGCACUGCGCGAACUGCCCGAUGUGCGGCCCGUACGACCACGACCGCAAGGAGGCUGCCCUGGAGACCGAGCAGCAGCAGCUCCUCGGCGGGCGGCUCCGCGGGAUCCUCCGCCGUCGCGGAGGUGGCCACAAAGAGGGCAGCAGCGUCUAAUGUGGCUGUCGCGGACCAUGGCUCCGAGGACCCGAACUGCCCGCAAUGGUGCUUCAUCAGCCACCAGUACUGGCACGUCAAGUGCACGUACUCGCACUGCGCGAACUGCGCGAUGUGCGGCCCGUACGACCACGACCGCAAGGAGGCUGCCGCGGAGACCGAGCAGCAGCAGCUCCUCGGCGGGCGCUCCGGGGGAUCUUCCGCCGUUGAGGAGGUGGUCACAGAGCGGGCAGCCGAGUCUAAUGUGGCCGUCGCGGACCAGGGCUCGGAGGGCUCCGCGGGAUCCUCCGCCGUCGCGGAGGUGGCCACAGAGAGGGCAGCAGAGUCUAAUGUGGCUGUCGCGGACCAGGGCUCGGAGGACCCGAACUGCCCACAGUGGUGCUUCAUCAGCCACCAGUACUGGCACGUCAAGUGCACAUACUCGCACUGCGCGAACUGCGCGAUGUGCGGCCCGUACGACCACGACCGCAAGGAGGCUGCCGCGGAGACCGAGCAACAGCAGCUCCUCGGCGGGCGCUCCGCGGGAUCCUCCACCGUCGUGGAGGUGGCCACAGAGCGGGCAGCGGAGUCUGAUCCGGCCGUCGCGAACCAGGGCUCGGAGGACUCCGCGGGAUCCCCCGCUGUCGUGGACGUGGCCACAGGGCGGGCAGCGGAGUCUAAUGUGGCAGUCGCAGACCAGGGCUCGGAGGGCUCCGCAGGAUCCUCCGCCGUCGUGGAGGUGGCCACAGAGCGGCCGGCAGAGCGGGUGGCAGACCAGGACGACCCGGAGGGAGUGAUGGCGGCAUUGGAGCAGAACGGCGUGUAG